AUGACUCAAAAAUGCGGAAAGGUUAGUUUGCAGGGUGGCAUAUGUCUGAUUGGUCCAAGUGAAAAGUCGCAUGCGGUGCGAGCUAAUACAGUUGAAACUAAACUUAGCAAAAAUUUAACCAUCUUAUUUCGUGCGAGUGAUUUACCAGCUGAAUCAAAACGCGAGAUGCUGGACGAGAUAAAUAUAUAUUCCUUCACCAAAGUCAUUUCUUCUCCGGGAGGAGCUCUCGUGAAGUUUUACGCUCCGUGGUGUGGCUACUGCCGCCAAUUUGAAGGGCCCUACUCGGAGGCGGCACACGCGCUAUCUAAAGCCACUCCAAACCUUAUUGUCGCAAGGAUCGAUGGCACUCGAUUCCCCGCCGAAACUUCUUUCUCUGGCGUCAAGGGAUACCCCACAGUCCUUCUCUUCAAGGGCAAUAAAUCCUAUGCAUUCAGUGGUGAGCGUUCGGUCAAAGGUAUUAUUUCAUUCGUGGAAAGCGUUAUUGGACCUCCUGUUGAACCGCUGGCAGAUGAACGAGCAUUGGAAAGGAAGGUGGAGGAACUCUUUGAUGAUGUCUUUUUCCUUCAUCACGGGGGUAGAUCUAGCGAUUUGUGGAGUGCAUUCAAUGCUACGGCUGAAGAAUAUCGACUUCAGUUGCUUUUCUAUCAUCUCGAUGAGGAAGCUCCAAAUCAUUCUGGGGAGGUUUUAGUUUACAAGGAUGGGGACAGAAGACGCUUUCAACCACAGGAAGGUGAUCUGGUGUCGCAAUUAAGAAGCUUCAUUGAGGAAAACCGUCAGCCGGCUUUUGGUCAUCUUACUGCCCAUGAUCUCAGUCAGAUGACAGGCGAUCUCACUUCGAUAGUCUGCGUCUUCUUAGUCGAUUACAUUUCAGAUUCCAUGAAAGCUUUCAAAUACAUCGGGAGAGAUCUUGCUUUCAAAAACUCAGGGGACUCGUCAACUGUUCACUUCAAAUUUGCGUGGUCAGUGGAUACCCGCGGCCUUAGCAGUUUGGCCAUGACGAGUUUGGAACCACCCAACCUCCUACUCUACUAUCCGUUCAAUCAGACCUUCAUGCUGCAUCCACUGUACUCCACCCCUGAGGCUAUUUCUGCCCUCGAUAAGCAACAAAUUGUGACCUUCUUGGCAGAUGGGGUCAACGGGAAACUUCCGUGCACCGCCUGGCCCUUGGCAUGCGGAUCAGCUGUGGGUGAUGGGACCAACAUCCCACAGUGUCAGUCCUUAUCUGCUAAAAGUCCUAGUUUUGCUGGGAAGUUCCAUAUUUUAGUCCCAGACGAUGUAGUUCGAGACUUUUUUCGAAAUAUCAAAGGAUUAGGGUGUCGUAACCGAGUAAAUUUAUGCUACAUCGAACUGGACGCAUUUUUGGACACCCAAGCGGCCAGUCCACUGCGGUGGGUGGAUGCCCAAUGUCGCAGUCAGGUGAACAAAGGCGACUGA